UUAAAAAAUCGUAAUGCUUAAAAUAGUGAAAUAUUGUAAAGUCUAUCAUGCUCCUAUACAUAUCUUAAAGUACAAUCAUAUUCCUGUCUGUUUACGGAAAUAUUCAAUGAGAUUUAAUAAUUCCAAUCCCCCCCCCCCGCUCUCCCACAUUUUGGUGUAUAUAAGGAUUUGUUUUUUGUAUUUUUGUUUCACGCAAAAGUGGCUUGACUCUUGAACGAUAUCACGUGAAAAUUGGAGAAGUAUAUCAAUAUGUAACCCUUGUACCCCUCACUUUCUCGGCCUUCUAGACUACUCCUAAGUUGGCUCUAUUACUGAUAACACAAGAAAGCAAUGGCAACUAAGUGGGGAGUCGUCAGUGCUGGAAAAAUAUGCCAUGACUUUGUAACAGCUGUCCAAAGUAUACCAGAAGGUGGACAACAUGAAUUUGUUGCCAUUGCAGCUAGGAGUUUAGCAUCAGCUAAAGAAUUUGCGUCUAAUCAUAACAUUCCUAAAGCUUAUGGCUCAUAUGAAGAACUAGCCAAAGAUCCAGAUGUUGAGGUUGUCUAUAUUGGGACUGUUGCAUCUCAUCACUUCGCUGUUGGCAAACUUAUGUUGGAAAAUGGCAAACAUGUAUUAAUGGAAAAACCUUUCGCUUUAAAUUUGAAACAGGCAAAAAUGUUGAUAGAAAUUGCUAGAAGAGAAAAUCGUUUUCUCAUGGAGGCUGUCUGGAGCAGAUUCUUCCCUGCUUAUAAAUUAUUGAUGGAACUGAUUGAGAAAGGCACUAUUGGAGAUGUUGUUCAUGUAAACGUGAAGUUUGGCUUACCACUUUUAUCUGUUCAACGCGUGAUGUCUAAAGCUGUUGGUGGAGGCACCAUUCUUGAUCUUGGUAUUUACACAAUUAAUGCUGUAACUAUGAUCUAUAAAGGUGAAAAGCCAAAAAAAAUUGCUGCUGUUGGGCAUUUAAAUGAUGAUGGAGUGGAUAUAACCAUGAACAGCAGUCUGCUGUACAGUAACAACCGCACUGCAAAUAUCGCCUCUAAUGCCUUAGCAGAAUUUCCAAAUGAUCUUGUUAUCACUGGUACUAAAGGUCAUAUAAGGAUCCCCAACCCAUUCUGGUGCCCCACCACUGUUAUAACAGAUGAAAACAAGUAUGAAUUUCCUCUUCCAGAAACUAUAAACCCUUGCAAUUUUACCAAUAGCUCUGGAUUAAGGUUUGAGGCAAUGGAAGUUAGAGAAUGUUUAAAGAAAGAUAUCAAAUUUGACUUUUUGCAUUCUAUUCUUUCUUGCUGUUAUGGAAGUCUCGUUCAUGCUCAUUUGCUGCAAUAUGGGAAUCUCAUGGAAAAGGAACGACUACCUCGCAAACCGAAAACUGGACUGAUCUAUACGGGGAGUAGAAAAGGGGCGAGUUUCCAUAAUACACAAUUGCAAAUGGAGCUUUGGAAAGUGAAAUAAUGCCGUUGAUGGAUACUGAAAUUAUGACAGCCAUCAGUGAUGAAAUUCGACAUCAGCUUGGAGUUGUGUAUGAUGUUGAUUAGAGUAUGUAUGGCCAAAUGGAAAUGAAAAUGGAUUCAUUAAAUAUAAAUCAAUGUAUCAAAUUAUUGUGAGAUGGAAAUGAAAACUGAAUAAUCCAUCAUAAUUUUUCAAUAAAUAAAAAGCAUUGCAAAAGCAGUGUGAUGAA